AUGCAAUUGGCGUUUUUAUAAAACAAGUCUGAAUAAAGUGUUUGAAGGGGAAGCUUUCCAUUGCGAUUGCUUAAAAUGGAACCAGCUGCCCCCGGGACCGAAGACGAUAACCCUUUCGAUUACGGAUCGUUGAAAAAGCAGGAAACGGAACAGGAACGUUUGCUGAACCAAAAGGCGAUACUGAAAAAUGGCCAGUAUGAUAGCAUCUUCGAGCUCAGCUACGUCAACGGCGUCGAACGUUGGUUCUGCAAGAUGUGCGAGUGCCCCAUCAUGGGCAGGGUUUAUCAGCAUGAACUCGGCCGACGACACACCACCGUCAUGCAAAUCACCAAUCGCCACCUGCAAAAGAAAGACGUCGCGGAAAAAAUUGACGACAGCGUCCAUAUUGAAAUCGCCCCAGGCGAACCGGCGCCCCCCGGCUUUGAGGGCGAAGUGGACAAUAGGCGGGCGCUCAUUCAAGAACGCCUCGACGGUUUCAAAGUGGGCCCCCUUGUCGCCCUCGAAUACCUGAUCGAAAUGCAAGACAUCGACCCCAGCAGGGAACCCCUCUACUUGUGCCUGUUGUGCGACAAACGGGGCGACCCCCGUACCGUCCUCACCCACCUGGCGAGUUACAAUCACAUUUCCCAAUACCUGCAGAAACAUUUCCCGACUUGCUAUCGCGCCCUCGCCCCUUACAUGACUAAACAGUACAAACGCAACUGGCAAAUAGCGUUGCAGAAAAUCGCCGAAGCGAUCGAGGUGAAGUACGGCCGCCUGAGGCCGUUUUCCAUCGAGAAGGACAAGUUCGAGCAGGAACGCAUGAACUUUAUCCAGCUGAUCAAUCGGGGCAAGCAUUUUUCCGAGCUGUCCGGUACCACUUUCAUAGAACUCGUCGUUCACGACGAACUGACCAAGGUUCUCGAAGAGAAACCGGAGACGAAACCUGCUGCUACGGACUGGGCGGGCAGGUCGUUCAUCGAGAAGCCGCCCCAGAAACGCGAUCCCUCGCCCCCCGUGGUCGCCAGGCCGGUAAGGAAAAUCAAACCGGCGACGGGGGACAAGCCGGCGACGAAACCGCCCCCCGCAACCGCCCGGCGGCGGUCGCUGUCGAGCGUUUCGAGCGUGUCGAGCGACGAAGAAACGACCAAGAACGGCCGGGGUCCGCCGAAGAACCUGCAGGGCGGCCAACCUUCGAGGAGGAUGCCCUACGGAAGGGAGAGGAACUACAGGCGGCGAUCGCCGGUGCCGCCCGCGCGCCGCAGACCGUCCCCGCCCCCGCGCAGGUCCCCCUCGCCCCGCGGCAAACUGCCCUGGGAGAAGGGCAAUUACGGCGGCAAGGGCGACUGCGGCAAGCCGCAGCAGCAGCAGCAGCAACAGUCGGCGCCCCCUCGCGGCGGCCGCGAAAAGGAACGUCAAGAGAAGAUCGAGGAGUUGAAGCGGCUGUCGAAAGCGAUCGAGACGGACAUGGAGCGGACGCUGAAAAACCACGAACGGAACCCGGAGAAGCACCCGCGCUACAACGACGAGUGGAAAAAGUUCUGGAACCGGCGCUACAAGGAGCUGCAGGCGCAGGGCAAGGACGCGGCCAAGCACGACUUCAAACCCGAGUGGAUCGACUUCUGGGGCAAGAAGAUGCUCGAGAUGCACCGGGACGAGCUGAAGGCGCGGAAAGACGGCCUGCGGAAGCGUCUCGGCUUGCCCGACGAAGUCGCUCCGGUCAGUUUCCGCAUCGGGGGCGGGACGAAAGGCGCCGCCAAGCCGACCCUACCGAUGGCGGCUCGACCCGAUAACGAUCCCGAGGUGAUCGUGAUCGACGACAAGGAUGACGACAAGAAACGCGCGAGGCCGAGCAGCCCGUGGGAGAGGGAAUCGCCGCCUCCCAAGAUGGCCGUCAAAGCGUCCAAGCGCAGCGUCACGCCUCCUGCGAGGCGGAGAUCGAGGUCGAGGUCGCGGGACAGUAGACGGUCGUCGCAUAGGGGGCGCUCGAGGUCGCCGCCGCUGUCGUCGUCCGAGAAGAGGCGAUCUAGGGAGAGGUCGCGGGACUCUUACAGGAGCGGCGGUCGCGAAAGGGGGCGGUACUCGCGGGAGAGGAGCUGGGAACGCGAGAAGAAGUACCGCGAGAGCUCGUACGAGAGGGACCUGCGCGGCAGGGAGAGGGUGCGGACCGUCGCAGACCUGCCGUGGGAGAGGGAGAAAGACAGGAUGAUGUACCCGCACGGCGUCAUCCUCCCCGAAUACGGCGAAUACUACGGCCCGCCGCCCGGGGUAAUGAUGAUGCGCGACAUCACCCGCAAACCGGUCAUGAUGGCGCCGGGGGUCCACGGAGCCGACGUCGACGACGACGACGACGGCGAGGUCAACCUCGUUUCCGUCCUCCGCCUCCUGACCGCUCUGGAGGAACGACUCGGCUCGCUGGGUCCCAAAAUCAUCGACCUGCUCGCCCAGGCCCUCGCCCUCGAGAAAAAAGAGGCGAACAGUAGCGAAACGUUGCUCGACAACGAGAUCAACUGCGUCAUGUUCGAGACGGUCAAGGAGAAACUCAAAGGGCAAUUGCUCGCCGGCCUCGUCGACCCCAUCCAAGAGCGGGCGUUCAAAAAGGCCAUCCAGAAGACGGCGAAUCUGGUGCACGUCUCGGAGCAGCGGCGCAGGCAACGGGACCACCUGAAGCCCCAAAAGGAGAAGACUCCGGUGGUGGUGCCCGGAGUGGGCAAGGUGGACAAGGCGGCGAUCGCUAAACAAGUGGCGAACGCUCUAGUCGCCCAAGGCAAGACUGACGUCACGCAGGCGGAACUCGAGCAGCUGAUCAACGCGGUGGUGGGCAUGGCGGAGGCGUCGCGUACUUCGAGCCGCCCGGUGACGACGGCCAGUUUCUUGGACGGCCUAGCGGCCGCCAGAGCGACGUCCGACAUCAAGGAGGCGGAGAAGAGCGAGUCGCCCGGCCGGCCGCUAGGGGGCGCGAUGGAGAAUCUAUCCGACUCCGACCUGCAGACGCUCCUGCAAAACUUCAAGGACCUGUCCACCGAGGAACAGAUGAACCUCAUCAAUUACCUGAAGAAGUUGGAAAUCGACGAUCCGGAACGCGUCGAGAGGUUGAGGAAGUUCGUCAACUUGGGUUCGGGCGGUCAAAAACCAGGAGAAAAGGAGGACGACGUCGUCGUCCUCGAACGGGACGACGGCGAAGAGGAGGAGGAGGAGGAGGAGGAGCGGGAGGACCAGGGGCGUGACCGGAGCCCCUUUUCUGCCAGACGUACUGGCGGCAAUCCCGAUGUCGAGCAUCGCCCCGAAGACCGUAGAAAGAUCGUCGACUCUGAAGACGAGGACUACACCUUCGAAGACGUGGUGAAGACGGUGUCGCAGAACGUGCAGCAACGCGAAAUGGACAACAAACGGAAAGUGGUCGAGGACUCGAUCAAUUACGACAACGCCCGUAAGGACGUCGACCUCACCGACGCGAAAGCGCUAAUCUCGAACCUGAUGGGUAAUAUGAACAAGACGGGAACGAGCGCGUCCGGCGUCGACCUCCUGGGCCUCGGUUCCUCAAAUGCCCAUCAGCAGCCGUCGUCCGAAUUAACCAAAACCCUGAGCUCGAUCAACAUGGAGAACUUGGCGAGCAUCGUCAGCAACGUGCAGUCGCUGACGUCACAGCUGCUGAGGAAGACGGCGGAGGAGAACCAGUUGAAGUUUGAGCCGCCCACCUCAGACGCCCGAAGGUCGGUCGCGACGAAGAACCAGCCAGUGGCCACGCCCACUUUCCAGCAAGGGCCGCCGCGAGGCCCCGCCCCUCGCGGCUUCAGGGGCGGUCCGGAGCCGAGGCCCCUAGUGCAAUAUCCUCCCAAGGGUUUCGGCAAUCAGUAUGGGACGAGACCGCCCAGGCAACCGGGUGCAUAUGGGUUCCCCAGGGGCGUGCCUCCCAGGCCCGGCUUCAACAGGUGGUAGAUUUCACAGAGAAUUUAAGUUUGAUCGUUUGUCCGCGAAUUUAAUAAAAUUUCUAUAGGAUUAUUUGAUUUCGUUUUUUUUUUUUAUC